AUGCGCUCGGGCGCGAAGAACCCGAUUCGCCGGCGCUCGCUCGGGACUGCGAUCGCCGAGGAGAGAGGAAGAAGCGUGAUCACGGGAACCUCGCCGGAAGCACAGGGGGGCGGCGGCGGCGGGACCAAUGGUGCGGCGGAGGAAGAAGAAGAAGAAGAUGAUCGGGGUGGGGCCAGAAAGGAGGUGGCUUUUUGCGGUUAUCUUUACAGAUUAUCAAUUGGGAGUUGUAAUUUCUCGGGUUCACUUCCCAGUUCACUGGGUAAUCUUUCUCAGCUUGCUUAUUUGGAUAUAGCAAGUGAUAUUUGGCAUUGGCUUGUCAACUUGGCAAAACUCACCUAUUGUGACCUUUCAGAUGUUCAGCUAAGUGGUCCAAUUCCAUCUUCAUUUGAGAACCUGACGCGGAUGGUUGGGUUUGACCUUUCAUACAAUAAUUUGCAAGGUGAAAUUCCAAAAUCAUUAUGGGAACUCAAGGAUCUUGAAUAUAUGGAUCUUAGGAGGAAUAAUUUGAGUGGCACUGUGGAUUUACACAAACUCAAGAACUUGAAAAAAUUAGUUUUGGACUUCAACAGUAUAUCUUUUGUCAGCAAGACCGAGUUUAAUGCUUCUCUUCCAAAACUUUACAAGUCACAAUCAAAUUCUCGACAAGUUCCUCCAUGGUUAUCAGAAUUGACCGAGUUGAAAGCUAUUAUCUUAAAAUCCAAUAAGUUCCAUGGUCCAAUAAAAACAUAUCAAAGCCAGUUUAACUUCAGCAACUUGCAUGUCAUGGACCUGUCCAGCAAUAGUUUCGAUGGUGAACUUCCUUCCAAGUUGUUACAGAGUUUUCAUGCCAUGAAAAUAAUUGUUAGUCAAGAUCGGUUGGAAUAUAUGAAUGUUUUGCUAGACGCUAAGGCAAAGUGGUUUGACAUUGUGACUUAUGGAAUGAAAUUGUUGAAUAAAGGCACAAAAAGAGAAUACUCAAAGGUUCCAUAUGCCCUCAUGGGAAUUGACCUCUCCAAUAACAAAUUUGAAGGAUGCAUACCCAAUCUCAUUGGAGAUUUGAAGUCACUUCUCACGCUUAACCUUUCCAAUAAUAUUCUUAUUGGUUCCAUCCCCCCUUCCUUAGCAAAAUUGACAAUGCUGGAAUCUCUUGAUCUUUCUCGAAACAAGCUCUCAGGAGAGCUACCUCGACAACUAACCCAACUUACAUUUCUUUCAUCUUUUGAUGUCUCUCAUAAUCAGUUGUCAGGAUUAGUACCACGAGGGAGUCAAUUCGACACAUUCAGGACCGGUUCAUUUUCCAUGAAUAACGGGUUGUGUGGAAUUCCUUUACCAAAUAAAUGUACAGAGGAUGGCGAUAACUUACCAUUACCACCAUCUUUGCUCGAGGAAGGUAAUGGCGAAGAGUCUCCGCUUGACUUGGAUUGGAAAGUUGUGCUAAUUGGCUCCAGAGUUGGGUUUUUGAUCGGUGUUGUGCUAGGGAACUGGAUCAUUGACGUGAAGAGUAGUUGGUUCUUGCACUACUCCAAGAAAAUGGCAAAAAGGUGGAAAAGAUUGGGAAGGCACUAA